CGGAGCACUGGCACAGCAAGGAAGGAGAAGACGCACUUGUCUCCAGAACCUGUACCAGGCGUGACGUCUGGCAUCUCUGCCCCCCCCCCCCCCAGAGCGGACCGGGGUGCGCUAGAAGAACGCACCAUGUCUGCUGGAAAUGCGCAAAUCGGAAAGCUCGCUCCUGACUUCACCGCGCAGGCUGUGAUGCCGGAUGGACAGUUCAAAGAGAUUAAACUCUCCGACUACAGAGGAAAGUACGUGGUGUUCUUCUUCUAUCCCCUGGAUUUCACAUUUGUCUGCCCUACGGAGAUCAUCGCGUUCAGUGACCGGGCGGAGGAAUUCAAGAAGAUCAACACAGAAGUCAUCGCAGCGUCGGUGGAUUCUCAUUUCUGCCACUUGGCCUGGACCAACCAAUCCAGGAAGGAUGGAGGUUUGGGCCCCAUGAAGAUCCCCCUGGUCUCAGACAUGCGUCGCACAAUCUCCACAGACUACGGUGUCCUCAAUGAUGAAGGAAUCUCAUUCCGGGGGCUCUUCAUCAUAGACGAGAAGGGGAUCCUGCGUCAGAUCACCAUUAAUGACCUGCCUGUCGGUCGCUCUGUAGAUGAAACACUGGCGACUGGUGCAAGCCUUCCAACACACGGACAAGUACGGGGAAGUCUGCCCAGCAGGAUGGAAGCCUGGCAAUGACACCAUCAAACCGGACGUCAAGAAAAGCAAAGAGUUCUUCUCCAAACAAAAGUAG